UACUAAAUAUGGCUUCUUUCAUGGUGAUAUGUAUUGUAUAUUUGUGUGUAAUUUUAAGGCUGUCAUUUCCAGCUUCUGCAGAAAGUAUUAAGGAUAAAAUGUAUGAAUCUGUAGAAGGUGCUGUUGCAUGCUUCAGAAGACUAAAUGGAACGCAUCAAUUUGGUUGUUCAUCACAUCGGUCAGGAAAUGUUGGUGUCAUUCAUGUUAUUGACAGUCAGAGAGAUCUGGACUGGUUGCUGAAUAAAGCUACAGCCGAUCCAUAUAUUACUGUAAUUCAGCCAGAAAUGUUUACAAGGGAUGUGUUGUUAGCAUUGAAAGUAUCAGAUAAAGUGAAUGGUGUGGUGCUGAUUAAUAAUCGUUCAGCAGAACGUCCAGAGUACUUCUCCCAUGAUGAUAAGUGCCCAAACCGCUACUCAGGUCUGGCACGUAUUGAACAGACCUGCAACAAUUCACAACCCUGGAAUCCACAUGGUACUGGUCUCAUGUUCAUAGAUUGGGGUUUCCCAAUAUUUCACAUUGAAGAUGGAGACAGUAUUUCAAAGUUGUAUCAGUGCUACCAGAAGCACAAUGCCUAUCACAGGGAUGAACAAAGGGACCAAUCACUUUGUGCAUUAGAGAUGAAUUCAUUUAUGAUUGCUGCUGUGGAUUCAAAAACAUGCAUGCGACGUAGUGCAGCAACAACAAUACUCAACUAUGUACACUACUGUGAUCCUCUAGGAGGCGACAAUAUUUGGUCUACAUUAUAUCCUCGGUUAAAAGCAGAAAAGAUGAAUCGUACAGUGGUAGUUGUUGCUGCACGUUUGGAUGGAACGUCCAUGUUUGAUGGACUGGUUCCUGGAGCCAUGAGUCCUGUUUCGGGAAUUGUGACCCUCCUUAUGACAGCAAAAAUUUUAGCUUCUAUUGCACAGAAUUUGUCAGAUAUAGACGGUCACCAAGACAAUAAUGUGCUCUUCCUGCUCUUAAACGGAGAAUCAUAUGAUUACAUUGGUUCAAGUCGGGUUGUAUGGGACAUGGAGCAUGGGGUGUUCCCCAUGAAACCGAGCUCUUCUGAAGUGCAAGAGCCUCCACCACUGUUUCUUCAAAACAUCGCCAUGUUCAUUGAACUUGGACAAAUUUCUGCUCUCGGAAACAUGUCAGGCAGCAAUACAACCACGUUAUACUUUCAUCAACAUUUUCCCACAUCCAACAAUGUACUUAAUCGGUAUCAGAUGGAGACUUUUAUAUCACAUAUGAAGAAGUAUGGUUCUGAAGUGGGACUUGAGUUCAAUCUAAUCAAUGAGAAGAGGUUUCCACCAGCAUCACUGCAGAACUUCUUGGCUGCCAGCAGUGAUAUCCCAGGUGUAUUACUAGCUGAUCAUGGAUCUCAGUAUGUAAAUAGAUAUUAUCACAGCAUAAUGGAUGAUGGCCAGGAGCUGAACUACAAAUACCAGAACGGCAGUGAACUGAGUACGAAUUCUGUUCAAAAACUGAUAGCCAACUUGUCAUAUACUCUGGCACAAACAAUAUAUUGCCUCAUCAAUAGUACUGGCCGAUGUGACGAGCCAAAAGUGCCGGAACCAGAUGCAGAUGCACAACUGGUGGAUGAGCUACUUCAUUGCUACCUGGAUACCAUGGAUUGUCCAGUGUUUCGUGCUGCUGCAAACAAACCAAGCCUGGAUAGCAAGCGUGCGUCACUCUAUGUGGGAGUGAACGGGUGGAGCAACCCAAUUGCCAGAUUGACUGGACUGACUCUGGCCCUUCUGAUCAACCAAACUGUCAACCGAACUAAAGAAAAAUGCCAUGAUGAUGACUCUGAUAGGGUAUUCAAGUAUAUUUGGAUGGGCAGCAGUUCCAUUGAUUCAGACUCAAGUGGUUUCUGCAUAAAAACUACUAUGAACUUCUCGUUAGCUGUAAGCCCAGCUUUCUAUGAUAUACCAGACUAUGAUUGGGCAUCUGGAAGGUAUUCAACAUGGACUGAGUCAGUGUGGCGGGAGAUGACAGUCAGGAUGUUCCUUAAACCAUCAAGAAGUCAUGAGAAUCUGACCUUCUCGUUGGGAGUUGUGGUACUCUCAUUGUCGUUCCUGAUUGUUUACUUUGCAAAUUCCCGGUCACACAUCCUGUUUGGAAACACGUUAGUGACAAGUAGUUGCUAGGGACACGACGCAAAUCAAAUAUCCUUAACUACACUUCACAGUGGAGACAAGUCCUCUGUCACUCAGCUGUGAGCACAGUCCUGUCUCCAUGAAUUACAUAUAAUAGUGAAAACUGUGGAAGAAUAAUAAGAAGAAAAAGAAGAAGAGGAUACUUGAUUUGCGACCUCGGACACAAGUAACAGUGAUGAAGAGCCUGAUUGAACAAAGUGUUGACUUGAUCUCAAGCCAUCCAUUUCACUGACCACAUAGGUCACCUUGCCUGUUCAAUAGUUUCUCCACAAUUUAUCACUUUAGUAUUUGAAGAACAGCAAUAUAGGAACAGUGAAUCCUCGGUACAGACUUGGAUAAUCUGGAGCUUACAACACAGAACAAUACAAAAAAUCCUGCCAGAAUCUUACAUGUGAGAUCAGUACAAGUAUACAAUAAACCAAGCUUCCAAAUUGGAUCUCUUUACAGAUGUUGUUAGAGGUUAGUAAGGAGGAGGAACGGGAAAAACUAACUUGUGAAUCCAUACUUUAUUUUAACCCACCCCAGUAUAAUAUUGUCACUUGAUCCUUCAGAACUGGGUUUAUUUGCAUUCUUGCUGUUGUGAAAACUAAUUUUUUUCAUCAUGUUGCCUUACUGAUUUUGAUUAUAAAUAAAUAGUGUAACACCUGUUGAGAAUUCACUGGGAAGCCUCAUGGCUUUUCACAUAAGCUUUUAUGCUAUAAACUUACCUGCUUUUUCUUAUAUUCCUUCCCAGUGUUGUAUGUUAUUGAAUGAUACAUUGAGGCUGAUAUUUAUUGGCAUCUCCUUUGGUAAUACACAUAGUCAAUCAUAAACCAUUGCCUGUAUAUAGUAUACUACACUCACAUAUCUUCAUGAGAAUAUUAUCAAUACUCACAAUACACUGACACACAAAACUGUUUACUCAUUUGUGACCUGCUACUUUACAUAAUUACAUUCAUGCAGUGCAUUAAUGCCCAAUUUGUUCCUGUGAUAACCUAAAAUUUCAUUAAUUUCAGAGUGUUCAUUUCACCAUUACAUUACUCUUUGAUACAUAUAGAAUUACAUUAGUAUUUGUAAAAUACUUGCAGUCACCACAUAUCUGUUUUUCCUGACAGUUCUUUUCCCCCCCCUCCCCAUUGUUGUUAUCAGAUUCCUGGCUUAAUAAUCAGUUGGCAUAUUUUGAUAUCAUUUCACUUGCAAAUUUUAUAGAAUUUGAUUCAUUGGUUUGAGUACAUUGGACACCGGCAAGUAUCCAUAUAGGACAGGAAGACUUGAAUAAUAUAUAAAUUUCUUGAUGGUGAAACAUGAAUUUCAUAUUGUUUUAUUUGCAAAUUACUUUGAAUGUUAGUUCUCACCAACACAAUUUUGAGUGGUUACUCUCAGAAAAGUCACCUCUUGCUGUUCUCAUACCAGCAAAGAAUUGUCCUUCAUGUAAGAAGCAAGCAGAGCUACAGAAUCAAGUUCUUGCCCCAGAUGUGAUAAACAGUUCCCAUGACAAUAUUCACUGCUGUCCUCAGUAUGUGAAUGACAGAUGGAAAUUCUUGUUUUCUCAGCCGUUGCUAGGCAGCGAAUGGUUUUUAGCCUGCGACUGGCUAGCACUCACUUCACUGUGGGUGCUUCCCAUAGUCACAUAUUGUGACCUUACAUAGCAACAACUGUUUACUCACUGUUGCUAAGCAGUGGUACCUGAGCUGUCACUGUAACGUUUGCUUGCAUGGGGGCAAUUCCCACGUCCCCCCCCCCCCCUCAUAACUUGUGCAGGACAGUUUUUCAUCGUAGUGCGUUCAGAAGUUUCAUGACACUUUGUGUGGGCUGCUAUGAGUCCUAAUUUCUCUGGGAGUUCCCUUGAUAACUUGUGCAGGAGUGCUUGAGUCAUACGGACCUGGAAUUGCCCUUGAUAACUUGUGCAGGAGUGCUUGAGUCAUACGGCCCCAGAAGUGCCCUUGAUAACUUGUGCAAGAGUGCUUGAGUCGUACAGCCCCAGAAGUGCCCUUGAUAACUUGUGGUGAAUCGAUGUAUUCUUCAGAAUUCUCCACGUCAGUUGUGUAUUCGCUGUCAUAUAAAAAAAAAAGAUCCUGGAUAUCAUUAUCCAAUGCAAUUAGUUGAUCCAGGGUCUCCCUUAGACGGUCUCGGUAGUGCUCAUAAUCCUCAAGUGGGGUGCUAACGGUGGAUUCAAUUAUAAAGGUAUUGAACCUUGUCGCUUUCGUCCUUGCCAUAGAACACUUCCUCUUUAGCCUUUGGAGUUCGCUGUCCGCCAUGUCAAGUUGUGAGGGUAUCUCCAAGUAUGAUCUCACAAGCUAAUUGAUCAUCUGUGUGGGGUCUUGCGUCGUACACGCUCCUGGUACUUUCUCUCCUGCCCCGGAGCUCACCACUCCAAUUCUCUGAAAAAUGGAUGUCUUUUAAGUUCUUCUGCAUUGCCCUCUCCUCCACCCAAACGUUUCUAUAUAUCAUUCACUAGUAGUGUUAAGAUAAAAUCUGAUGCCUCAGGGGAUAUAUCAUUUGGGACGCAGGUUUUGGCACCAAAGAAUAUCAUGAAUCUCGAGGCGUGUUCCGUUCUGCGCAAGGUGUUGGUGUGUUUUGUCGGCAGAAAGAGGUGUCCAGAGUUCAAUCAAUUAAGGGGUGUUAUCCUUUCCGCUGGUAAUGGUGCUUCGAUUUGUUGUCCCUACGUAAUGCACACGAGGCAUGCUUCAUUCUCAGUAGUCCCUCCAUAAUGCAUACAAGGCGUGCUUCAUUCUCUACAGCCCCUCCAUAAUGCGCACGAGGCGUUUCAUUCUCGACGGUCCCUCCAUAAUGCACCUGAGGCGUGUUUCAUUCUCGACGGUCCCUCCAUAAUGCACCUGAGGCAUGCGUCAUUAUUAUAGUUGCACACUAUACACAGGCAAACUUGAAGAAUUGAAGACUAAUAGUAUAAUGAACUCUGUAACACCUCGAAUGUUGUAUUGAAACGCAACUCUGAACUAGAACUGUCAAAAGUCAAAGUCACGUUGCGAUUGACGGUUAGUCAGCAAGUCUUGGUGUCGAGCCCCAUCUGGGGCCCAUG